AUGGCCGCUGCAUGGUGGAAUUUAGCAAGUUGUCGGAAACCAGCACCACCUACCCAAGCAAGAGUUGUGCUCACCGGUGUCAAUAUUUCGGCUGCUCAAGCUGGUACAGGUACAGAAGUGGCUACAAUGGAGCAGCUUACUCCUGAGAUGGGUUUACCGAUUGAACUAGAUUUACCCGCCUUUUCCAUCCAAGCAGAUUUCUCCUGUACUGCUUGUGAUGCCUAUGCUUUGCAUGAACAUCUCAAUGUCCAAGAUAAAAAGAACGAGGGGAAGAAUCGACGAAGAACAGCUACAAUUGCUUCAGAGGGAGCUGCUAUCAGUAUUGGAAAUGUCCUUAGUUCCUCAAUUCAUUCCGUGGCACAAAAUCUAUCAUUGGCAAAACAAUUAUUUGGUUAUGCCAUUUUGGGCUUUGCUCUAACCGAAGCUAUUGCAUCGUUUGCCCCAAUGAUGGCCUUUUUGAUCUCAUUCGUAUUCCAAGUCUAUUAG